UCAGGUCAGUGGGCUGAUUUCUCCGUGGAUGAAUAUUCAUGAGAACCCUCCCCGGCGAGUUUUUGCUCAUGAGAACAGAAUGUUUGAUAUGUGGACGUAAUGUUUGCCAUAUCCUUCACCGGAAGGGAGAUCUACCGGACAGACACGGAGGUCAUCUGGUUCAGGUUUCAAACCCGACAAACAGGUUCAGGGACCGCCUCAGUAAGUGGAUAAAAGCAGACUCCAUCGCCGAGAUCUACACAGAACGAGAAGUGGUCCAAGCAGCCUGAGAAGCAGAGGAGCUAUAAUCUUUUAUUGACCGGCGCCAAGAUGAUGAUGCAGCUGUUAGAAACCCCCAAGCAGAAGAACUCCCUCUUCAACGCCAUGAACCGCUUCAUGGGCGCCGUGAACGACAUGGACCAGACCAUCCUGGUGCCCAGCCUGCUGCGGGACGUCCCUCUGGAGGAGGACCGGGAGAUGGGCCGCCUCAAGUCGGAUGUGGACGAGGGGGACAUGUACAGCUACUACCAGCUGCUCAAGUCCAUCCGCAGUGACAUGGAGUGGGGCGUCCGGUGCGCUUCGGCCGACGAGAGGCUCAAGGAGAGCAUGAAGAUCACCCGCUCACACUCCUCCGCCUCCACCUGCUCCUCCGCCUCCACCUGCUCCUCCGCCUCCGCCUGCUCCUCCAUCUCCAGUUCUUCCGCGUCGUUCUCCGAGGAGGAGGACGAAGGGGAGGACGAGGAUCUGCAGAAGCAGUUCCAGUUCCACCUAACUGGGCUGCAGGGGGUUCUGUCCAAGCUGACCCAGCAGGCCAACUCGCUCACCAAGCGCUACAAACAGGAGCUUGGCAUCGGAGGAUGGGGCCAGUAAGACCAGCAACAAACUGGACUCUUUUUCUAAAGUCUUAACUGGCUGAACUGAACUGUUUUCCUCAGUGGGCCUGAUUUCUGCUACUGAUGCUGCUGAUGAAACAAUCAUCUGAAUGGUGGUGAAGAAGGCAGCAGCUACAUGGUUUUGGUCCUGAUUAAAGCAUUAAUGUUCCUAUGUUUUGCACUCUGAUGUGUUCUGCACAGUAUACAUUCAGGUCAUGUCAGAUGAAACUAUUUAAGCCUCUAUUUAAUAUAUUUAUUAUUUCCCAAUGUAUCCUGUUGAGCUACGUGAAAGUUCCUAAUGUAGGGAAAAAGUGGACUGAACCAGUACUGGCAAGAGACUCAACAUCUCUUCUAAGAUGAUGAUGAUGCCAAUGGGUUCACAUGUAUUUGUCCUUUACUGAUUCUAUCAGUCUGAUGUAUUGUUUUGAAUAGUGUUUUUAUUUUUUGCUUAGAAUGAGGCAGAUGCUGUCUAGCUGCCCUUGAUCUCUUUGUGUCCUACAUGGUCAAUGAACUGGAAUCCAAUGAUAAUUCUUCUGCGAGGAGAAUAAUGAGGGUUUCCAUGAGAGACUGUCUCUGUUGUUACUGUCGUUUAGCCUAUUUGGUAUUAUUAUUACAAGGUCCAUCUGUCAAAGCAAGCAAUUACUUUUGUAUGCACCUUUUUUAUACCUGUACUUAAUAAACUUUUAUAUAAAUGUA